GACUUGGGAAAGACAUGACGUCACACUCAGAUUCAAAAUGGCCGCUAUUUAUGGAAGGAGUGAAGCUGGCUGAAAUCGUCCGAUUAGUUAUCCAUAACAAACAAUGAUAGCAGCAUUCGGGAUUGAUUUAAUCUCGCUAUGAAAUGGAAAUAACAGAGAAUUGUCGCGGCUUAUUUGUCUCCGUAAAAUGAGAUCUCGUUCAUCUUGCAGUGAGAGAAAAUUGCCCAGCCACCGAGAGACUCGGCACCAGGAUUUUAUGUGCCAGUCUAAACGCGUUCCGUGAAUGAAAUGGAAAGGGCGGAAAAUGGAGAGUUGGUGCUCGCGUUGUGUGUUGAUCUCAACGAAAAUGAAGAGGGAAGUAAAAAGCAUCAUAGGCCAGCGCCUACCAAUUGUAACAUAACUGAAGUAAAAUCACGCCUGUUGAAUGACGGCAGCAAAAAGCCAUACCCAGCGGAUAAGGUAGCUCCGGCAGGGACGGGUUAUGUUUAUGUUUCCAGUCAUGGUAGUAAUGUAAACUCAGACGGUGGUCUGUUGUCCUUGCAGGUCAAUUCACCGAUGGAGAACACAAUUAUGCUUGACUUGAUCCCCGGGUGUCUCCCCGACCGGAUAAACGACAGCUGUGUCAUUUUAAAGCAGUACAGGGAUGGCAUACUAAACGGAUUUCCUGAGUCAUCUUUUGAAACGACGAUGGGCUCGGAGGCUGAAGGAGGGGGUUGCGGGGGGACCCCAUCCUACCAGACUGCAGCUGUGAGCUCAGACAGACCGCAGGAAGGGAACGGAAUGUUACUCCCCACUCGGGUUUCAGACACUGUCAAGCCCGAGGAGUGUGCGGGGGAGACCGAGGAUUCCAACGUGGAUAAGCUGGACAAGGGUCAUUUAAAUUCAGAAGCGAGGCCAAAGUCUCCUGCUGUCUCCGCGGCAUUGCCAUGUGCUGGUAAGCAUCAGCAGAACUGCACUUGCACAUUGUCAACUGCAGACAUGAAACUGUCCAAUGGCGACGUUGAUUUAGGCAAUUCGAUUAGUUUUCCUAUGGAUAUGACAUGCAUUGAACACAGCCAGGAAACGUACGCCUCAGGAGGACAUUUAAACAAUGAACUUGAUGCCCCUGACAGAGAAACAAAGGUGUCAAAUGGUGGACUGAUGAUUGUAAACAAUAGCUCAUUGCACAGUGAAUUAUCUAAUCUCACCCUCGGAACCGCAGGUGGCCUUUCCGAUGGCGGCGUUUUGACCUAUCAGCUUGAAAACAUCCACAGCUCGCCUGGAUCGUAUGAAUGCUCCAGUCGAGAGUCUGGCCAUGUCAGCGGGGAAACUUCUCCAGCUGCCCCGCUGACAGAGCCGGCUUGCGGUGUUUUUGAGUCCGAGUUCGCCUUGGCUGAACUCUGCUCUAAGCUGUCCACAACGCCCUCUCCCGAACACAACAGCGGCAACAAUACUGAAACAGAAUUGAGUAUGAGAGAGGACUCUAGUGAGGCAUCUGUUCCCAGCAGGCCGCAGUCGCUUAGGACUACCCCGAGCUAUGCGGUUUCCCUUAGCUGCGACGCUACGCCGCUUGGUCCCGACGAUGGAGAGGGAUAUAUCGGUGCUGAUGAUUGCAUGGAUCCGAACGAGGCCUAUAGGAACACUUUUGAAGGUAGCCGCAGGCAGAGUGCCCCAGACCAAUGGCCGGAUGGGCAUGCAGUAGAAAUGGAAAUGAACAGUGAACAGCGGGACUCAACCAAGAAACACGGCAUCGCUGAAUUCUUUACCAGAGGCCUGUUCUACCGAAAGCCUAAAGAGCCAAAGCCAGUGGGUCCGAGCGCUCCGGGUUGGAAGUUGUUCGGGAAAAUCCCACUAAGGGAGAACCCCCCCAAAGAUUCUAGAAGCCUCCAACAGGAUGGUAGCCCAGCCAGUGUCAACUCCGUGUCCGCACCGAACCUCUCAAUCACAGGGGAGAAUGAGGCAAAGGCGGGGCAAAUGGCUGGACCCCACCCCCAGAACCAGCCAAUGAGAAGGAAGAACCUGGAGUUUGAGCCUUCAUCCACAACAGCCCUCAUUCUGGAGGACAGGCCAGCGAACCUUCCUGCCAAGUCUACGGAGGAGGCCCAGAGACACCGGCAGGAGUAUGACGAGAUGGUAGCGGGAGCCAAGAGGAGAGAGCUGAAGGAGGCCCAGAGGAAGAAGAGACAGAUGAAGGAGAGGUUCAAGCAGGAGGAGAUCAUCGCCAACGCCAUGGUAAUCUGGAACACCGAAGUCUUGCCCAACUGGGAGAGCAUGAGGAACACGCGGCGGGUGAGGGAGCUGUGGUGGCAGGGUCUUCCUCCGAGCGUCCGUGGCAAAGUCUGGAGCCUUGCUAUCGGCAACGAGCUCAACAUCACCCCAGAAUUGUAUGAAAUCUUCUUAUCGAGAGCCAAAGAGAAGUGGAGAAGCUACAGUGAGACAAGCUCUGAGAAUGAAGUGGAAGACUGCGGAGCGUCACUGGCAGACAGAGAGUCCAGUCUGGACCUAAUCAAGUUGGACAUUUCCAGAACAUUUCCCUCCCUUUACAUAUUCCAGAAAGGUGGGCCUUAUCAUGAUCUCCUGCACAGCGUAUUGGGAGCAUACACAUGCUACAGACCAGAUGUUGGCUACGUCCAGGGCAUGUCCUUCAUUGCUGCAGUACUGAUUCUGAACAUGGAGGAGGCCGAUGCCUUUAUUGCCUUCGCCAACCUGCUCAACAAACCGUGUCAGAUGGCUUUCUUCAGAGUGGACCACGACCUGAUGCUGAAAUACUUUGCGGCAUUUGAGGUUUUCUUUGAAGAGAAUUUGCCACGACUCUUCCAGCAUUUCCAGAGCAACAGCCUGACGCCAGACUUCUACCUGAUAGACUGGAUCUUCACCCUGUACAGUAAGUCGUUGCCUCUGGACGUGGCGUGCCGCGUGUGGGACGUGUUCUGCCGGGACGGCGAGGAGGCUCUCUUCCGCACGGGCCUGGGCAUCCUGCGUCUCUACCAGGACGUGCUGCUCCAGAUGGACUUCAUCCACAGCGCCCAGUUCCUGUCACGCCUGCCCGACAACACGCCCGCGAACACACUCUUCAACUGCAUCGCCAACACACACAUGCUCAGCAGCAACCGCAGGUGGAACCAGGUCUGUUCUGCUCUGAUGAAAGAUGGGAUCAGAGAGGCGGACAAGAACCACAGCCCAGCCCUGAGAAGCUGAAGGCCUACGGCGUGGAGGGGGCCGACGGCGUGGAGAGGACCGGAGGAUGCUGAGGCUCUGUGAGGAGUCUCCAGAGGAGACUCGCCUCCCUCACAUAAGGGGCGCAGGAGCUGACCAAUGGAGCCUGACACCUGCUUCAGUAUUUCAGAAGUUUCCGGUCUUUGUAAAAUGUAUGUGUGUGUGUGAGGAGAGAUAGAGGAGGUGUUCUUUGUGUGUGUGUGUGUGUGUGUGUGUUUCAGAGAGAGAGAGAGAGAGAGGGGGGGGGUGCGAGAAAGAGAAAGAGUUUUGUCUGCUUCAGAGACUGUUGGGAGAUCCAGGUAAGGUUUGGGUCUGCAGGCUGCUGUACUUCUGAGCCUUAAGCCCCAGAGUGGCGCUCAGAAAACCCCCUUGAUGGGGAUGAGUGCCUGAUCGUUUGAGCAGGGAGCAGAGACUGCAGUGUGACUCCGCAGAACACAAUAUGCGCCCUUGUUCUCAUCACACACACACACUCGCACGCACACCCACACACACACACACGCCCGCACGCACACACACACGCCCACACACACACACACACACACACUUACGUACGUACGCACGCACGCCCACAGAGACACACACAAACACACUCCACUCACGCCAGCCCAUAAGGGCUUAGUGCCAAUGUCUGUGCUUCGUAAAGCAAGCCUGAGCUUGUUAUUAGACGAGGCUCUGCUACACUUUGUUUUUGUAUCUGCGUACAAGACUUCUGCUCUAUCCUAUGUGUGUGUGUGUGUGUGUGAGUGAGGAAGUGUGUGUAUGCCUGUCUUUGUGUGUGCGUGUGUGUGUGCGUGUGUGUGUGUGUGUCUGCAUGUAUGCGUGUAUUUGGCUGUUCUUAAGUAACAGCUACAUAAAUGAGGCUGUUAUCCACCCCGGACACUCCAAAGUUUGAGCGAGCUUGUGAGUGUGAAUUCAUUCAGGAAGUGCAAUAGUGGCGUCUAGACGUACCCAGAGUGCUGGCUUGGCCAGGUUUUAGUGUUGUCUGUCUGUCAGUACAGCUUCGUAACAGACCUGUUGUCACUUGCAGUACAUGAGAUGGUGUCACUGUAAGUGGAGAACCUAUGGUGUGCAUUCAGUCAGUCGUCUCCAGUUAUUUCCAAACCAGGACUGUUUUUGUUUUUGAAGGAAGGAAGGAAUGAAUUCAAAGAGAUCAUGGUCGGUGUGUCUGUUUAGACUAUUUCUGUUAAACAUUUUAUUUAAAGUUGUAUAAUUCUUUUUUGUAUUUUAAUUUAAGCCUGAAUCAUUUAGUCAUUUCUUCUAUUUCUGUUAUUUUUUUUUUUUUUCAAAACUCACUAUUGUACAGCUUUCCUACAUUGUACUGGUAAUGUGUGUGUGUGUGCAUACACACACACACACACACACACACACACACACAUAUAUAUAUAUAUAUAUGUAUGUGUGUGUGUGUGUGUACAUACAUAUAUAUAUAUAUAUAUAAAAUAUUGUGAAAUGAAUUGUUAGGCUACUAGUCUAAAUGUGUAAAUAUAUAUCUCAAUAACAGAAG